CAGACUGAUAAUCAGACAGAAACGGACGCAGCAAGUUCAGUUGACGCGCGCGACGAGGCACACAGAGCUACUUUCCGUGUAUUUGUGGCUUUGCGUUAGAGACUAGAGAGAGGAGCUGCAGAUUUUUCUUCUGUUACAAGUAUAAAACUAUCUGCGAUGCGUGAAGACUUGCAGCGAUGGCGAUUAAAAUAGUUUUCAGUGCUAAUUGAAUGCAAGCUCGGAGGUUCAUUGACACUUUUGGAAACGCCAGCGCUGAAUGCUGCUGGUAUUUAAGCUGACCACUGUCGGACACAGGAGAUUUGUUAGAAAGUGACACUUUUGCCAAGGUAAAUCCUCAGCAAUGGACAAUGUCACCAGGUUGUGUUUAUUCUAAAAUGCCAACAGCGUUUUCAACUUUACCUGCAGUAUCAGAGCUUUUGCCAAGUUUGUAGCUCAACUUUCGUACUGCUUUUGCAUCCUCGAUUUAAAAUGUAGCCUCAUUUUUCUGCAUUUCAUUCGCUUGGCAUGAUUCAGAGACGCAGCAAACUGGCAUUCCCAGUAGUCCUGUUUUGGAAACACACAUUUUCCUUCCAGAGACGGACUCUCACGGACUCGCGCCUUGCCAAACUCCACUUCCCACAAAGGACGAGGAGGAUAAUGCACGCGCAGCUUUUACUCUAACCGGACAUUUCUUUUUGGAAAAAGUAGCAAUAAUGAUGAGCAGCGGUCCCUCUAUCGUCUACGAGUGGCUGAAAACCCUGCAGUUGACUCAGUAUGUCGAGUCGUUUGUGGAUAACGGCUACGACGACCUGGAGGUGUGUAAGCAGAUCGGAGAGCCUGACCUGGACGCCAUCGGGGUGUUUCCCCCACAUCACAGGCUCAAAGUUCUCCGAGCAGUGCACAGACUGAGAGAGGAGGACAAGAAACUGGCCCCGGGUCUUUACUUCACCUUAGAGCCCCUUCCAGAUGUCUCCAGUGUCUAUGACUGUAAAACCAGUGGGUCCUACUGGGACAGAGAAGGACUUGAGCUGUCCAAUAACAAUAAUCUUAUGCUCGGAGGUUCUCCAGAUCCAGUGUCUUACCCGAAACUCAAGCUGAAGAUCCUGAUCCGAGAUAAGCUGAUCAAGGAUGGGAUAGACCUGACUAAGCCCCCUUACUCAUUUAAGGAUGGCUCUCUGGGAAACAUUGAGGAUUUGGCUAAGGAGUACUCAGAGUAUUAUAGUACCUCUUACAGUGACGUGUGUGAGAGGAUGGAGGAGCUUCGCAAGCGCAAAGUGGCUCAGGAUGCAGAGAUUGCAAAUACUGAGUCAAUGAUCACAUCACUUCAGCUGCGUUCAGAAAUCCAGGAAUCUCUGGGGUUGAGCAGUACGGUGUCCACUCCUGAGGUUGAGAGAAGGCUGUUGGUGCAAAAGUCAGCCUCAGAAGAUGGAUCUGGAGGAAAAUGGGACAGAAAGAAAAACAAAUCCUUCUGGCAGAAUUUCCGUAAGACACAGAAAGGCAUUAUACGGCAGACGUCAAAAGCUGAUGACCUUGGCUUUGUAGCCAGUGAGAUCACAAUGAGUGAUGAAGAACGCAUCCAGCUGAUGAUGAUGGUGAAGGAGAAGAUGAUAACUGUAGAGGAGGCCUUGGCUCGGCUGAAAGAAUAUGAGGCACAAAAUCGUCAGUCAUGUACCACGGACACAGUUGAGUGGACCGAUGCCUCCAGUCCCACUACUGAUGAGUUCUCCGUGAACUUCACUUCACAGGAGCAGUCAGAUGAUGAGCAGGAGGAGUCGUUGGCUUUUCGCAGGCUUCACAAGCUGGUUAACUCGACACGCCGCGUGAAGAAGAAGCUCAUUAGAAUAGACGAGAGCAAAAAACACACAUCAAAAGACUCUUUGAGCUCGGACUUCUCUCCUACGUGUGAGGAAAGGGCCUCUCUCUACUCAGGCGUACAGAAGCGUCUGGUCUUGUCUCAGGGUGAUGGAAUGGCCUCAGUUCUGUGUGUGGAUGGAGACUCAGACAGCCUGACCACAUCUCCGUCCUCCAGUAGCCUGGAUACCUACAGUGGCCAUAAGCAGUUUAAGCCCUUUAACAGUAGCCAGGGGCUAAGCUACCCUCCCACAGGGCCCAGUUUGGACACCUCGGUGAUGGAUGCAGGCAGUCGCUCAUCCUUUUCUGAAGCUGAGGGCGGCUGUGAGGAGGAGCCCAGGAUAACCCGUUCUGUGACUGAUGGAGAAAUGAGACGGGCCCUGGGUCCCUCUAAAUUACAUGGGAGGGCGUGUAGCUUUGGAGGGUUUGACCUUAUGAACCAGUCUGUAUACAUGAGAAACAGCUGUAACAACCCUAGUGAUAAUGGGACCAUCAGCAGGAGAGAUGCAGCGAGGUCACCCACACCGUCCCGCAUCUCUCUCGGGAAAAAAGUGAAGUCGGUGAAGGAGACCAUGAGGAAACGCAUAUCCAAGAAAAGUAGUGCUGUCCUGUUUGAGCAGUUGAGUCCGAGCAGAGAGCCUGAGUCACUCCAGCCCCCCCACACAGACUCACUAGAAAAACCCAAGCUCAAGUCUGGGGGUUCUGUUGAGAGUCUGAGGAGCUCACUAAGUGGACAAAGCUCGAUGAGCGGUCAGACAGUAAGCACCACAGACUCCUCAGCAAGUAACAGAGAGAGUGUGAAAUCAGAGGACGGUGAUGAUGAGGAGUUGCCUUACAGAGGGCCGUUUUGUGGCCGAGCCCUUGUACACACCGACUUUAUCCCCAGUCCCUAUGACACAGAUUCACUCAAACUCAAGAGAGGAGAUGUUAUAGACAUUAUCAGUAAGCCUCCAAUGGGUACAUGGAUGGGCCUUCUGAAUAACAAAGUGGGCACCUUUAAGUUCAUCUAUGUAGACGUGCUGAACGAGGAAGGCGAAAAGCCCAAGAGCAGCGUCAGGAAGAGAAGGAAGGGUCGGCCUCCCAAACCCACCUCUGUGGAAGAGCUACUAGAGCGCAUCAACCUCAAAGAGCACAUGCCUACAUUCCUGUUUAAUGGAUAUGAGGAUCUGGAAACGUUUAAGUUGCUGGAGGAGGAGGACCUGGACGAGUUGAACAUCAGAGACCCACAGCACAGAGCAGUGUUGAUGACGGCAGUGGAGUUGCUGCAGGAAUAUGACAUUAACAGUGACCCAGAGAAUGGUGGAUCCUCAGUAGACCCAGAGGAGAACGUUCAUCCAGUGAUAUCAGCUCCUUCCAGAGAUUCUCCACGUGACUCUGGUUGCUAUGAGAGCAAUGAGAAUCUGGAGAAUGGGAAAGCCAAAAAGACAUCUCAUUUAAGCAGGUCUUCAUCAGGCUUUGAAUCCAGUCACCUCCCAUCUCCUGAGUAUCCCACUCCUCCUCUCAGCCAGACCAGCAGCAGGCAGGAUCAACAGUCUCUCCUGCCACCUUUCCAGAUAACCUCCAUCAAAACCGUUCACAUAGGGACAAGCCGCUCCUUGCUCACCAUAAAGCCCCUCAGUCAGAGCUACGAUGAGUUGCUUUGCAUCCCUGUACCCCAAGGCUUGUGGAAACGUUCUCUUUCACUGGAUCAUCAGAUGCUUCACAGGAAGGAGCCAUACAACCCAGAAGACUUGAUGCCCGUUCAAUCAAUAGAACAUGAUAUAUAUAGCCCUGCUGAACAGAAUGAAACUAUAACAUCUCAGGCAUGUGCCAACCAAGAGGAUGAAUCUGAAGAGCUAGGAACAGGGGAUGAGCUAACUUUCCCUUCUGUUGACUCCUCCACAGAUGUGGAGAGUGAGGAGGUACCUGUAGAUAGUGCUGAAAGUUCUCAACCAGAUCCUCCCUUACACCCACACCGCAUAAAACCACCAGUUCCUCCUAAACCUCUUCCACUGCCAUUUGUAAAUGACAAAGACACAACAAGCCCUGACAACAAACCUGUGUUCCAAAGCAACUUGGCAGUACACAAAUCAGACACUGCCUCUGGUGUACCAAAGUCCGGCAAACCUUUUCUCCACAGACUUGGAAAGAAAGUGCAACAUGUCCGAUCACCUAAUCUGGAGUUACUUGUAGAAGAGAAGCUGAGCAUGGAUGGCAUAGACCUCACAGCGGAGCCCUAUUCUGACAAGCAUGGCCGUUACAAAGUCCCGUUCUCCCUCAUUCAAAGAUACUCUGAAGAUUUGGACAAGCCUUUGGGAGAUAUUGCCACAGUAAUGGAUCAGACUCGAGUCCAGCUGCUUCGCAAACAGCAGCGGAUGGCGAUCCCACUGAGAGGAUUAUCAGAAAUUUGUAUAAAGCUAUAAUACUUUGCUGGAUUCCAGGCCUUCAUGGUUUCAGCUGUUACCCUCUGGCACAGAUGAUCGAUCGAUCAACGGUCUGAUAAUACAGCAGAUCACCAGACCGCAGCAGCAGUCACAGCCAUGAAGGAUAAGGGGCUUGAAGCCACUGUGUUUGAAUGAAGGAUGAAUGUUGCAGACUGUCAUGAAGGAAAUCUGUACACUGUUCAAGAGUUCCUGGAGCCAAUUUCAAGUUUAUCUUCUUUUUCAAGAUUUUUUUUUUUAAGUUUUUGUUUGUCACUUUAAUGCAGUUUUAAUUAGAGGCAGGCAAUAUGGCAAAAAUAAUAGCACCUGAGAAACAUCACAUCAUCUGAAAACAUUUCUAUGAUAAACCUAUUUAUCAAAAUUUAGGUCUGCAAACAAACUGCUAGCAAAAUAGUAGUGUUGCGUUUCAUUAAAAACCUGUGAAAUAUUAAGCUAGGUGAUACUUUUAUUUAUUGUCUAAAAAAUAACUUAUUUAACGCUGAAAUAAAGAAAGAAAUCAUUAAAUUUGAACAUUUAACAAUUUCGGUACAAAGUUUUAACACCGUUAGCUGCUUCUAAUCACAUUUUGUAGUUUUAAAAAUAUAUCAAAAGAUUUUGUGAUACCAAUAUCUCUAUGCUUUCCUGAUGUUGCCCAGCCCUUGUUUUAACAUUUUAAUAGGUUUUGAAAAAAUAGUUUUGUGAAAUCAGAUACAUGCUUGUUCUGAAUCUGUAUUUUUUUUGUUCACGGUUAUAUAAAAUACAAUUAAUUCAGUACUUGUAUUUAGCCAGUACCAGAUCAGCAUCUUGGAAACAUUUCAAAUCUCUAAAUCAUGCUACAUCUAGACUAUCUAACGUGGUGAAUGUGAUUAAUAGUGAAGUACGACUGCUGCCUUCCAAGUGUAAAUA